UCUUCAACUGAACAUUGUCAUUCAAUGAAUACUAUUUAGUCAUGAAGGCUUACUUUUGGCACAGUGCGGUCCUCCUAGGCAUGGCUGUUGCGACCAUUGUGGCACAGGAUGAUCUGAAGGUGGACUGUGGCCGUGACUCAGUCACCCUGAGAUGGGGGGCGGCCCAGUCACAGAUGGACACCUCACUCCUCCGGCUGGGAGGCUGUUAUCCAAGCAGUAUCUCUGCUGGGGAGGCCAUGUUUCAAGUGGAACUCAGUGACUGUAACUUCAGGAGACUGGUGACUGGGGACACAUUGAUGUACAUGAAUGAGCUGACCUAUAUGUCUGGUCCCAAAGCUCAACUGARGUCUUUCUCUCAUCCAGUGGUUUGUGCCUAUGAAAGGCCUGCAGACUGGGCGCCUCGCAUAUUUGACCCAGUGUUUCAUACAUAUGGUCAAGGAGAUCUAGUCUUCCACAUGGAACUUAUGAAGGAUGACUUCUCUGGACCACAUCUGUCUAGGGAAUAUCCCCUGGGCUCCUUCAUCUACAUCUCUGCAGCAGUGGAGCAGAUGGUCCAUCAGCCCUUGCUGCUACUGUUGGAGGAGUGUGUGGCAACCACAACACCAGAGCUGCAGUCUGAGGGCCCGGUGCACCCCAUCAUCACCACGGGRUGUCUUGUCGCUAGCAAGACUUCAAAUUCAAAGUUUGAACCAAGACAGAAAGCCUCUGAAAUCCGUUUGUCUCUGCAAGCCUUCAAGUUCGCCGUUGGCAAGGAAGUGUAUAUUCACUGCAAUCUUUUGGCUUGGGACCCCAGUGGCCUUGACACAAGGAAGAAGGCCUGCCACUAUGUGAAAGGGCAUGGUUGGGUGCUCAUUGAUGACCCCUACCAUAGUACCCUCUGUGGCUGCUGUGACUCCAGCUGUGAGUCCCGGAAGACGCGUGGAAUUGCAUCAGGGCAACGUGGAAUAACUAAAAAUGCCGGUCUUAUUGGACCACUUGUAGUCACUGACAAUUACCGGCCUGAGAAGAUUGCAUGGGUCUGAACCGGAGGCCAGCUGUGACUCCUGGGAGGUGGGCAGYCAUCUACCAUGCAUGCCUGACUCUGUAGUGUCUGACUUAAUUUGAAAUAAAUCUUUAAUACUUACAA